UAUUUCCUUCCCGUUCUAGCAAACCACAGUCUGUUCUUUUACGCGGCACUGACCCCUCGAUGUAGCUCCGAUCUGAAAGGAAGUCGUUGAGCACUUUGAGGCCGGAGGGCGCUUUCAGGUCACCGAAACCCAUCGUGAUAGUGCUCGGGUUGUGGAGGAGGAAGAAGAAGGACAGAGAAGACGGAAAGCCGCCAUUUUAUAUCUGAAAUCUGGCUCCUCCUUCAAACUCCUCCUUCUCACACGAGGAGGAAUGUUAAACAUCUUACAAAACCCUAACAUAAUUUUACACAUUACUGUGCUUUUACUGUACCGGUACCAUGCGUGAUUUGCGAUUUAUGACUUAUUAGGAGUCAGUUUGGAGUCAAACAUGAACAGUCUACUAAACACAGCGACUGGACUCAGCGUUAAGGAAAAGAAGACAAGAAGUGAAAGGACGAGAGACGUUAUGGGUCAGGCACAGACGUCCAAAAGUCCACAGGUGAUUCUGAUGGGUUUGGAUUCCGCUGGAAAGACGACGCUGCUGGCUCGGCUGCUGACCGGACAGGUGGUGGACACGUCACCGACAAUAGGAUUCAAUGUGGGAUCUUUCCAUUUGGACAAGAGGACAUCGUUGACGGUUUGGGAUAUUGGAGGACAAAAGAGCAUGAUGCCCAACUGGAGAUACUACCUGGACGACUGCAAGGCGCUGGUCUUCAUGGUCGACAGUAGUGAUCCUGGCCGGAUGCCGGAGGCCCAGAAGGCAUUGAAGAAGGUUCUGAGUGACGAAAGGUUACGAGGUGUUCCUCUGAUGGUUCUUGCCAACAAGGCGGACCAGCCCGGUGCUGUGAGCGUGCAAGAGAUCUCCAAGCAGCUGGGCAUGUCCAACUACCCGCAGCUGCCAUGGGAGAUUCAAGCAUGCAGCGCGCUGCAAGGGGUCGGCCUGCGUCAGGCCUUCACGUCUGUGGCCAAACUCAUCAAGAAGAACUCAAGCGGGGUCCGACACAGAUGACCACAUAACAGACAUCAAAUACUAUCAUUUGGUAUUGCAUCCAAAAAAAGUACUGUACUUUGAUAAAUUGGGAGGACUGGAAUUCCUGCUGAGGUGCGACUUUCAUAUUGAGAAGCCCCCUGUGGCUUUAGCCCACUUUCAUAUGCAGAUUUGAUCUUAUUGGCAGAUGUCGUACACACACGACUUUUCACUCCACCGGGUUCCCAUCUGGAAUAACACAUUUACUUGACACGGAAAUAGAUCAUGACAUCAUGAAAAGCAUGUGGUACGUUACAGAUGUUAUGAACCAACGGGGUCACCUUCUUAACUUUGAACAAUUCUGUCACUUCCACCCACCAAUAUCCAAAUUUUAACAUUUGCUGAACUGAACAUUUCAACCACGCUACAAGAUGAACACUAGAACACUAGUUUCUUUCAUUGUAGCAGAACAUUUGAAUCACACUUUAACCGCGUUAUUAUGAGCAAUGAGGUGUUGCGUUCAAAGACACCACGUACCGUAAGAGCGGGAGACGCUGUGUGACUCUAGGGGGAGCUACACUGUGCCGCCUUCCGUCGUCAUAACAGAGGCAUGGCUUGCAAUGAGGCAUAUGCAUUAAUUACGCUAAGAAUGUAACAUAAUUAAUGAGUCAUUAUUCAUUAUGAUUUCAUCAUAAGAAUAGUGGCUGAUAUCACUGAUCCUGUAUUGAAUGCAAUGAAAGCCAGAGUGUGUGAUGGUGAUGAUAACAAUAAUAAUAUUAAUAAUAAAUGUCGUUUGACACGUUGAUGGAAAAAAAGAAAGUUAAGAGAAUAUCAGUUUGUGUGAUGAUGUUGAAUGAAAGGAAGAAAGCAUUGAAAGGUUCAAAUGUGCUUUAUUGUGCUGUGUGAGGUACCAUAAAUGCUAUGACAAACACAAGUAAAUAAGCAGUCGUGUAGUAGCAUUAGCAUGACAAGUAAAUAUUCUUUGGUCGUACACAGAAGAGAAGCUCUUAGCAAGCGUCGCAAGCAGAAGCAGUUCCAAGUGCAGCGGCAGUGUUAGCAUUGGGAGGUGAGCAUGUUUGCAUUCUUGUAUGGAAUGUUGUCAGAAGGUGCUGGUGGUAGCGGUGUCGUAACAAUGCUAAUGAUGUCAAGGUGCUGGGCUUACUGGUGUUAGUGCGAGCAACAAGACGCCGUGUUAGUGAUGCGUACGUGGUCUGGGAGGAAGCUCUUAUUCCUCAAGAGAAGCUGAAGGCUCCUCUUUGGGUUCCUGAUCCUGCAGCAGCGUGGCGGACAGAGCGUACUCUUCACUCACGCCUUCAGACGUCACGCUGACCUCUGCAGGCCCCGGCUCCUCCUCCUGCUGCUCUGCUGGAGUCAUCUGCUGGUGGAUCUCCGUGAAGGUGACUUCCUGCUCGGGGCCACCCAGCGGGGAUAGCUGUACGUGGUCCUCUGGGACCGGACCCUCUUCCAGCCGAGCAAGAUGCUCUUCAGGAGGCUGCAAGUCGGAGCUGCCGCGAGGCUGUGGAGACGCGCGCCUUCCGGGUCAAACAGAUGAAGAGUCCAAGGCUACCUAGAGGUCAUACCUUCUUGAUGCCAAAGGUCAGAGGGGACACCUUCAGGCUGGAGGUUUUCUGUUUGAUCUUCUCCCGUUGCUCCGCCGAAACUAUUUUGGUUCCGAUCUUUGUCAUCUUUUUCUCAAUGUUUUGUCGCGAGAAGGCCUUCUUCAGGCUGUCCACCUGCCAGACGGGACGAAAAAGAUGGAUGACAGCAGGACGUUUCUUCACCUUCACAAUUCAAGAUUCAAGAUUCAAGAGAGUUUUAUUGUCAUGUGCAUAGUAAAACAGCAGUUAUACCAUGCAAUGAAAAUCUUAUUCUGUUCAUUCUCCCAAGAAAAGAAAGAAAACAAAUGAAAGAAUAAGAACAUAAGAAACAAACACAUAAACAUAAAUACCAAUAAAUUAAGCAACAACAACAGAAGAGACAUUAAUACAGAUAAAUAAUAAUACAAAUAAAUAAAUAAAUAAAGUGCUAUGAGUGUGUGCGUGUGUUGCGUGCGGCGUGUGUGAGUGCUUCGUUGAGAAGCCUGAUGGCCUGUGGGUAAAAGCUGUUUGCCAGCCUUGUGGUCCUGGACUUCAAACUCCUGUAGCGUCUGCCUGACGGUAGGAGUGUGAAUAAUGAGUGUUGUGGAUGUGUGCUGUCCUUGAUGAGGUUGUGUGUUCUUCGUAGGACUCUAGUUUUAUAAAUGUCUUGCAGUGAGGGGAGGGCUGCCCCAACAAUGUUCUGUGAGGUCUUGAUCACCCGCUGGAGUGCCUUCCUAUCACGUGUUGUACAGUUACCGUACCAAACAGUGAUGGAGGCGGUAAGGACACUUUCCAUAGUGCAUCUGUAGAAGCAACUCAGGAUUGUGGUGGGCAUGCCAAAUUUCCUCAG